AUGCCCGAAACCGAGCUAUGGUCCACUCUAGUCACUGCCAUUGAUCCGGAGAAUGUCAAAGCCAUGCCGGCUGUCCUUCAGUCGACAAUUCAUCUGCUGGAGUCGGAACUGGUUAAGGCUAGGGCCGCCCUGCAAGAGAUCCAACCCAAUGUCAACUCGAUGUGCAUGCAGAGGGAUGACCUCGCUGUGGGUGCUAUGGCUGCCUACCGUCAACAUCUCAUCGGGCGAGCUCCCGGCUUCUACUAUGGCACUCGCCGUUUGACCCCCAAGGAGAUUGGCCUCGUUCCCGUCGUUCAUGAAGUGCAGCCCGAUGAUGAUGAAAAAGAGGACCUCAAGCAAGAGAAGCAACAGAGCACGGUGACAGUGAUCUCACCUCCACGUGCCCCCCUCGAGGAUAUGCUAUCCAACAGCUUGAUUCUCGACCAUAUGGCUCCUUACCUAUCUGUCCCGUCGCUGGUUUCCCUUGCGGCAACCUCGCGCUUCCUACGCUCCAUGGUCAUGGAGACACCCUAUGUGUUCCGUCACCUUGAUUUGACUCGAUGCCGUGGUGCCCAGAUCUCGCAGCCGAGGCAAAAAUUGAACUCGAGCCAUCAGACAGAUUACUCUUCGACAGAGGACGAGUUUUAUUCCGCGCCGCUGAAGGGCAUUUUUGCCAAUCUGGAACGCUGGUCAAUCCUGCAAGACGUACGCACUUUGGUACUAGAUGGUCUCUCGGUCCCGGCCGAUCUAAUUGCAGAAAUAAUUUUGACGGAUCGAUUCAAUGUCAAUAUCUUGUCAAUCAAAGAUUGUCUUCACCUCAACGAGCGUAAGCUCAUGCAGGUUAUCCAACAUGCAGUUCGACCCACGCGCCCCGACGGGACCCCCCGUGUCAAGGCAAUAUACCAUUUCACCCCGAAGAAUCGCCCCCAGGCUCCCGUGCGAAAGAAUUUUCUCGACUGGUGGUCCAGGUGCACUAACAAGUCUAGAACUACUUCCACUUCCAAGGCGGCGUCUGGUGCCAAUUCGGAAUCCCGCCAGCAGAAUGUGUGGUACGACCCAUCCGGUAAAAUAUUCAAGCAUACUAUCGAAGAGGGCUGGGCGCAGACCAUCCAAAAGUGUGAAGGAAUCAUAGCUUUUGAUGCCGUGCUUUGUCGUGGACCGCGGCACAAUGUCAGCCUCUUUUCAUCCGAAAACCAAGAUGGACCUCAGCCUGAAGGUCAACUGCUUGGACCAGCACUGGCCACCAUUGCUCUCGGAUCCAAAGGCUGCGAAUGCUGCCAUAGCUCCCCCGAAGGUCCAGCUAUUUGGGGUCAAUCCCCCAGCAAAGAGUUCCCACUGCUUGCUCCGCUACCCUUACACUCAUCCACUGUUGCCGCUGCACAGCACCCUGACACUUCCACCGAUGGGAAUCCGAUCCUGAUCGCCCGCUGCACGGAUUGUCUCACAGACCGCUGGUGCCACCGCUGUAAUAAAUGGAUCUGCUCGAAUUGCGUACCACACCCCGAUCCAGUUGCGACAGACCUGUCGCCGCAUCAAACCGCAAUCCGAGGACCACUCAGCAAUCAAGGUGCUGGUCCUAGCUCGCCGCAGCAGCAAAAGACAUUUGGCGUGAGCAAAGAUUGCUGGGAAUGUGGACCAACUUGUGCUGCCUGCAAGGUGGAGUGUCAGCGAGCUUGUCAAGGCUGUCGAGGAGUUUAUUGCAUCGAGCACAAUGACGGUUGCUCUGCGAGGAUGUGUGACUGGUGCAAUGCCACUGCGCGCCCUCGAAUGAGGCGGUUUUGA